CGUUCAAACCGAUGGCGCCAGAAGUUUGAGCUCUUUGACACCAUUUCCAUGGAGGCGCUGCUAGCUCACGCCGAGCAGCUGCCCAGCCUUUUAGCCGUGAGUCGCUCGGGUCUGGUGCGAGGCUGGGACGUGGCGACUUUGCAACGGGCUCUGGGUUGGGGCCGCUUUUUCCAGCAGUUCCACAGCCGCUUGCACUGCCAGCCAAGCCUCAAGGCCGCUUUAAAGAGACGUCUGUGCCGAGGACGUCGGUUCAGCCUGGGCCAUUUGAGGCGCUGUCCGGAGCUGCUGGGCUUGGCACUGCUGGAGAACCGGGCACUGCCUUCCACCGCCUAUCAGCGCCUGUUGCGGAGCCUCUUGCUCCCAGGAAGCCAGGACGAUGGCUCCUUCAUCCCUCUCCUGACCAGGCGCAGGGCUGCCGCUCAGCUUCUCUGCCUCCAUCUGGCGCCUCCUCCUGCGGCAACCGCUGGGCACCGGGUGACUCCAGAGCUCAGAGCCCAGGCUCAACUGCUGCUGGCGCGGCUGCAGGAGGAAGAGGAAGGAGGCGGCGUCCCUUCCUCCUCUGCCCUGCUGGACCAGCUCCCUUGCGGUCCCCUCCUCUACAGGGUGGUAGCGACGGCGUUGUUGGAGCCCCCCGGGGAAACAGAGGUCGCAACACUGCUGCUCCCUUGGUUGCUGCGGGGAGACCCAGCCCGCAUCUCUGCUUUCUGCCGCCUCUCGCCUGCCCCGUGGGUGACUUCGUUGUGUGGCCGCUAUCCUGAGCUGCGCGCCCAUUACUUCAGCCUCUUAGCCGCCUGGGGAAGCCGCCUGCGCUACGAUCCGCUACAAGGCGAGUGGAGAGUUGACGGCCUGGUAGAGGACCAAGUACCCUGGCAGGAGAUGCGGCAGCGAAUCGGCUGCUUUCUGCAGCAGCCAGAGCCUCUUCGCAACGAAAUACGGACCCAGCUGAGUCGCCUGAAAGCCCAAGAUGGGGGCUUCGAAGUCCGAGGCCUGAGCGUGUGGACAGACCUUCUGCUAGACGUGGAGGCGACGACCUCGGAUAACGAUGCUCCUUCGUCUGUUGUGAGCGCCUGAUUUGAAAAAACAAUAACUUAGGAACGUCUAGGGAGGAAAGCGCCUCACUCUUUUGUCAACUCCAAGGAAGACGGGUUUGCGGUCUUGAAAUCAAACGGCACAACUCCUGAGCUCCAGUGCAUUCAGUGUGUGUAAUUCUUUGAUCACCUGAGGGACUUUUGUGAAAGUGGAGCCAACACCGUGUUAACCCAGUUUUUCACUAGCCACAGCCAUGGCGCCACUGGGCACCACCUCCUCUUGCCUCACUGCUCCGAGAACGGCUGGACAGUGUGUUGGUGGUGCUCUCCUCUGAGCCCGUCUUCCCUUGCAAAGGAAGCGGAGCUUGGAGGAGAACACCUGUGAGUGCGCUCUUGGAGGAGCUUGGAGACUGCUUCUGAGAGUGCAGGGGAGGGCAGGUGCUGGCCUGGGGCGGCCAAGGCCCUAGAAUCGGGUUUCUUCAGCUUGCUUAGCACUUGAGUUCUCUUCAGUUGUCUACCUUCCCAAACAAAAAGGUUAACAUGAGCAGCAACCAAAUAAAUAAAUCUGUUUGCACUUUUCCAGAGAGUCAAAAAUUCUGUGCUGGAAGUAGCAUUCAAUUGGAUGCAACACAGUAUAAUAAAUGACUCCCUUCUGCUGCAUAUAUAAUAACUUCAUUUUGUUAAGACUUAAUUUUUUUCUCAUGGAGGACAAUUUAGUGGAAGAGAGUAAUUUGAUCUAACUAUAUUCUGUUAGUAUGUAUGACUGAGUUAGUGUGACUGAACCAAUUUAUAGACUUGGGCCUUAUGAACUUGCUUUCAUUUGGAGUUAUGUACUAAACUGCAUCUCAAAAAAGAAAGAAGAAAUUCUGCAAGAAAUUCUGUUAACAAUUUUUUUUUAUAAACAUUCAGUAAUUUGGUGUUGAUAAAUGUGGCUUUUCUGUGUAAGUGCUUGGACUUCUCACUAAGUUACCAGCAGCUUAAUUAGCUUUUAUAACUUCACAGAUUUGUAUCUUGGUUGCAUUUUCUUUAAUGAGAUCCUGUUUUAUAAGCCCCUGCUACAUUUAUUUACAUGCAAUUUGUUGUUUUCUAUCUGGACGUGCCUUAAUGUGCAGAAAUCUUUCACUUUGAUAGCAGUCUUCAUAUUCCCCUUUUCCCGCUGUUAUCACUUCCCUGUCAUUGUCGUGGUUGACCUUGAUAGAGAAAACAGAGGAACUGUCUAAGCAUAAGAAUGAUACCAAAAAGUUAAUCAGUUAUGAAGUUCCAGGGCAUGAUCUACCAAUAAAACAAUACAAGUGUAUUAACUUUUUAAAUUUUAUACUGGUCAUAUGUAAUAAAAAGGAGCGACUUUUUUAUUUCAGGUCAUAAGUAAUAAAAAGGAUCUACCAUUUUAAAGGCUUGCAUACUUAAUAUCUUUCCUGUAACAUAUUACCUUAGCAAUUUAAAACUAUCAUUCAUAUCAGGCCGUUAUUGGCAUCUCAGCAGCAGUGGCCUAUGUACACAUGUCCUAUAUACAGCAGCUUCUUCACCGAGUGGUUUGAAGCCUGUGGUAUUUGUAAUGAUUCUUAGAUUCAAUGAAAUUGGGAGAAAUAAGAUCCUUCAGUUGUGUUGCCUUGGUGUGCUAGUCAUCCUGAAGAGUAUCAAGUAUUUUUAGGAUUAUAGAUUUAUCUCUGUAAUGUUAUAUCAGCAUAAAAUAACCUUUUUAAAAUAUGGCUGUGGGGGAGUUAGGUGACCUGAUACACAGAAGUAAACUAACAUGGUAGCAUUUGUGAUUACUCGUGGCUUAAUGAUUUGUUAUCUUAUUGUUAAGUUGUUAAAACCACUUUGUUUUGUAAAGGAAAAAAUAUUGUCCACCCUCCCUGUAUGUACUGCUUCUACCUUGCUGACUGCUACUGAGUAAACUGUGUUCCAUGUUCCAUAGCCCAAGGAUGUUCAGAUUGCUGGAGUUGCAAUGUCAAAAAUAAAAGUAAUCAUCUUGAAGCUA